AUGAUUUCAUCUAAAAUUAUGAACGAUUUUGGCUACGAUUCUUUGGGAUUUUAUUCUCUUGGCCUGACUAAUUUAUUUUUUGGGUUCUCAAGUCCUUUCACUUCAAAUAUAAUCGAUAAAUAUGGAUCAAAAUUAGCGAUUAAAGUAGGCUCAGUUACAUUUUUCUUGAAUGUAUUGGCAAGUUUACUUCCAACUAUAAAGAAUAAAUAUCAAGAUUUAGAUAUUGUAUUCCUCUAUAAAGAAUUCAUUUACAGUUCUGUACUAAUAUGCGCAGCAAUUAAUGGCUUUGGAAAUUCUUUAUUAUGGUGUGGAUCUAGUAUAUACGUCACAAAAUGCUCAAAUUUAUAAACAAAAGAGAGAUUUUUCGCAUUUUUACAAGGAAUACCCUAAUUUUCAUAAUUUUUUGGAUGCCUUAUGUCGGCUUUCCUUCUCGGAAAUCUCGAUACAUUAACAUUUUUCAUUAUUAUGGCUGCCAUCACUGGUUUUGGAUCUUUUCUCUUGUUUCUUUUAAGAGAGCCUUUACCUUAAAUGGUGAGUAUUGAAUAAAACUCCAUAGUUAUUGAGAAUAAAGAAGAAGAAAAUGAAGUGGCUAAUGAUGAUGAUAGUUUAUUGCCUUCAACAGUUUAGUUUUCUAUAGUUGAAGGUUAACCAAGAAGAUAAACUAAUUAUUUGAAUCCACCCUCAUUUAAUAAUCGUGAUCAUAAAUCAACUAGUAUUUUCCCAGAAGAUAACAAUAGUACUAAUAACAGACAAAUAAUACCUUAGAAUAACCAAUUAAAUACAAAAAACUUAUCAAAAUAUGCCACUUCUUAAAAUAUUAAUAGCACAGAUAAUAGCUUAAAAUCAUCAACUACUGUUACAUAAUCUUUAAGUGGAAUGUUCAGGUUAUUGAUCACUAGAAAAAUGCUGAUUUUGUGUGCUUAUAUGGUGCAAGCCGGAUUUACAAAUGCUUUUUAAUCUGCAAUCUUUUUCCCAAUGCUUAAUGACACAAUGGAUAAAAGCAAUUCAAAGUAAAAGUCCUCUGAACUAUCAAUGUUUGUUCUAGCGGCUUGUGGAUUAGGUGAGGUAUUAGGAGCAUUUUCAAUAUCUUUAGUGAUAAAGCAAUUUAAAUCCAAUCGAAUGGGAGUGUUAUAUCAUUUAAUUUUAUCGACACUAGGCUAUUCCUGUUUGAUUGUCUACGCUAUUAUGUUUGAAUUUAACCCCCUUGCUUUUGUAUUUGCCUUGAUAUUCGGUAUGAUGGAUGGGGCUUCAAGCACUCACUUAGGCUUGAUUUGUGGUUUUGAAUUUGAUUCUCAGAGUGUAUUUGCAAUGGGUGUGAAUUACAUGGUGAAACCCAUUUUCGGAUUCAUAAUUAUUUUGAUAGAAAGCGGUGUAGAUGCUACAAGCAGCAGUACCUUAACUAUAUUCUACUCAGUGAGUUAUGCUGUAUGCUUAAUCUGCAUUCUUAUAAUACUAUUUGUAUUUCCCUUCAAACCAUGGUUAAAUAGAAUUUGA